UCCGCCCGCCCUCAGCACCCCAUUCACUCGGCACAGGCAGGUGUGAGCGGCUAGUCAACAGUCGGGCGAGCGCGGCACGCGGUUGGCUGACACGUUUCUUACAGCACCUCCACGCUGCUCCCGCGCCUCUGAGCACCGCCUCUCCAGGCCCAGGGUCUCUACCCCGGUCUGUGCGUGGGUCCGUCAGUUCACUGUCCUGCUCGCAUCCCACCACCUCUCGGAUCUGUCAUAGUUGCUACGGGAGAUCCAAAGUGUGUUACGUCCAGUUAAUAAUGUCGCAUCCUUUCUUUAGAAGAAAUAUCCCCAGCAAUAUAGCGUAAAUGCCACAGGGACUGGGGUUUUGGCCCAGGAGUCUGAAGUUCACAUCUGAACCCUUGGGCACCUUCCCCCAGGAAGCAGGUGCAUUCCCAGUGAGGAGGUGGUGUUGAAUCUUCACAUCCUGUUCCAGAUUGGAGCGGGGGCCAUGGGCUGCAAAGUCCUGCUCAACUUUGGCCAGCGGAUGCUGCGGCGCAAGGUGGUGGAUUGCAGCCGAGAAGAGAGCCGACUGUCCCGCUGCCUGAACACGGUUGACCUGGUGGCCCUGGGUGUGGGCAGCACGCUGGGAGCUGGUGUGUAUGUUCUGGCCGGGGCUGUGGCCCGCGAGGACGCCGGCCCCGCCAUCAUCAUCUCCUUCCUGAUUGCCGCAUUGGCUUCGGUGCUGGCUGGCUUGUGUUAUGGCGAGUUUGGUGCCCGCGUCCCCAAGACGGGCUCAGCCUACCUCUACAGCUACGUCACUGUCGGGGAGCUUUGGGCCUUCGUCACCGGCUGGAACUUGAUCCUCUCCUAUGUCAUCGGUACUUCAAGCGUGGCUAGAGCCUGGAGCGCAACAUUCGAUGAGCUGAUAGGGAAAUCCAUCGGGGAGUUCUCGAGGAAGCACAUGGCCCUGAAUGCUCCUGGGGUGCUAGCUGAAAACCCUGACAUAUUUGCCGUGAUUAUCAUCCUCAUCUUAACAGGUCUCUUAACACUCGGCGUGAAGGAAUCAGCCAUGGUCAACAAAAUAUUCACCUGCAUCAAUGUGCUGGUGCUCGGCUUCAUAAUGGUGUCGGGGUUUGUAAAAGGACGCAUCGUCAACUGGCAGCUCACACCCGAUCAUUCCUGCAUGAACAAUGACACCAAAGUAGAGUAUCCUGGUGUUGGUGGAUUCAUGCCUUUUGGCUUCUCUGGCGUCCUGUCAGGGGCAGCAACCUGCUUCUACGCCUUCGUGGGCUUCGACUGCAUUGCCACCACAGGUGAAGAGGUCAAGAACCCUCAGAAGGCCAUCCCCUUGGGCAUCGUCUUAUCCCUGCUGAUUUGCUUCAUCGCCUACUUUGGAGUAUCCGCUGCGCUCACGCUCAUGAUGCCCUACAUGUGCCUGGACAAGGACAGCCCGCUGCCCUAUGCCUUCAAGCACGUGGGCUGGGAAGGCGCGAAGUAUGCAGUGGCCGUGGGCUCCCUCUGUGCGCUGUCUGCAAGUCUUUUAGGUUCCAUGUUUCCCAUGCCUCGGGUCAUCUACGCCAUGGCUGAAGAUGGACUGCUCUUCAAAUUCCUGGCCAAAAUCAACAACAGGACCAAAACACCCGUCAUUGCCACGUUAACCUCGGGCGCCAUCGCAGCUGUGAUGGCCUUCCUCUUUGACCUGAAGGAUCUGGUGGACCUCAUGUCAAUUGGCACCCUCCUGGCGUACUCGUUGGUGGCUGCCUGCGUGCUGGUGUUACGAUACCAGCCCGAACAACCAAAUCUGGUUUACCAGAUGGCCAGGACAACUGAUGAGCUCGAUCAUGUGGACCAGCAUGAGCUUGUGAGCACCAGCGAUUCCCAGACAGGCUUUCUGCCCAAAGCAGAAAAGUUCUGUUUGAAAGCCAUAGUCUCACCAAAAAACAUGGAGCCUUCCAAAUUCUCUGGACUAAUCGUGAACAUCUCGGCCAGCCUCAUAGCCGUUCUUAUCAUCACCGUGUGCAUCGUGGCCGUGCUUUGCAAGGAGACCCUGAGUCGGGGCACACCGCUCUGGGCUAUCUUUGUGCUCACUGGGUCUUCCCUGCUGUGCGUGCUGGUCACGGGCAUCAUCUGGAGACAGCCUGAGAGCAAGACCAAGCUCUCAUUCAAGGUGCCUUUCCUGCCGGUGCUGCCGAUCCUGAGCAUCUUCGUGAACAUCUAUCUCAUGAUGCAGCUGGAUCAGGGAACCUGGGUCCGGUUUGCCGUGUGGAUGCUAAUAGGCUUCGCCAUCUACUUCGGCUACGGACUGUGGCACAGUGAGGAGGCAUCUCUGGCCAACGGCCAGGCAAGGACUCCUGACAGCAACCUGGAGCAGCGCAAGUGACGCGCAGCCCCGCCCCACGAGGGCCACCUGCAGAGGCCCAGGAAGACCCCUGCCCUCGCCAGCAGGGCCUUGGGACCUACCCACAUCCCCAGCACCUACAAAGGGGCCAUUACUUGAACCAUAGCCUUGGCCACAACCGCCGCCAUGGCCUGGUUACCUCUGGCAGCUCCCUGGAGGGUGGGGCAGCUUAGCUGGGGUGGCCGCCAUCCAUGUCUCCUCGCCCUGCCCCAUCCACCUCGCUGAAGCCAAAAGGCAGCAAGCACUUGUCCUCUCAGCUCCGUGCCCACACCUGUGCCACCGGUGGCUCCAGGACCACACCUGGCAUUGUGAACUGUGCCCUCC